GCAAGUUCUUUUCUUUGGCAAUUUAUCGUUACAAUUUUCUUCCUUCUUUUUGUGUGUAUUUAGGAAAGAAAUGUUUUCGCAGUAAUGAAAGAAGGCUCGGAGACCAAGUUGGGUGAGGACUACAAGGGUGGAUCGGCACAUAUCGACGGAGGCGAGAAGAUGGAGGGAGGAGCCUUCGACGGCGCCAGGGCGGCCGAACUGACCGCGGAGCUCAGGAGGAGCUUUGACUCCGGGAGGACGCGGAGCUACGAGUGGAGAGCCGCGCAGCUGAAGGGCAUAGCGAGGAUGAUUGAGGAAAAGGAGGCGGAUAUCAUGGCGGCCCUCCACGACGAUCUCGCCAAGCCCCAGAUGGAGUCCUUCCUACAUGAGAUUUCACUGGCAAAAGCAUCAUGUACAUUUGCCCUAAAAGAAUUGAAACGCUGGAUGAAACCUGAAAAGGUACCAGCAUCCAUUACCACUUUUCCAUCAUCAGCUGUAAUUCUUCCAGAGCCCUUAGGCAUUGCAUUGAUCAUUUCAGCUUGGAACUAUCCAUUCUUGCUGUCUAUUGACCCAGUGAUUGGAGCCAUAGCAGCAGGCAAUGCUGUUGCUCUGAAACCAUCAGAAGUUUCCCCGGCCACAUCAUCUCUUUUUGCAAAGGUUUUACCAACGUAUGUCGAUAAUUCUUGCAUAAAAGUCGUCGAGGGUUCCAUCAGUGAAACAACAGUACUUCUUGAGCAAAAGUGGGAUAAAAUAUUUUAUACAGGUAGCAAAAACGUGGGACGCAUUGUGAUGGUGGCUGCUGCAAAGCAUCUAACACCAGUAACCUUGGAGCUUGGAGGGAAAUCUCCCGUUAUUGUGGAUUCAAACGUCAACAUUAAAGUCACAGCAAAGAGAAUCGCAGUGGGCAAGUGGGGAUCUAACAAUGGACAAGCUUGUAUUGCUCCAGAUUAUAUUCUGACAACAAAAGCAUUUGCAAAAACACUGGUAGAUGCUCUAAAGAUAACUUUGGAUAAAUUCUACGGGAAGGAUCCAUUGGAAUCAGCAGAUUUGUCUCGCGUUGUCAAUGAUAAGCAUUUCUCACGCUUGACAAAUCUUUUAAAUGACCAAAAUGUUUCUGGCACAAUAAUCUAUGGAGGUCAAUGGGAUGAAAAACGCCUGAAGAUUGCUCCUACCCUCUUGUUAGAUGUUCCACAUGAUACAAUGAUGAUGGAUGAAGAAAUAUUUGGUCCUUUGCUUCCAAUUAUCACUUUUGAGAAAAUAGAACAGUGUUUUGAUUUUAUCCAAUCAAAGGAAAAGCCUCUUGCAGCCUAUCUUUUCACGAAAGACAAGAAGUUAGAAGAGAAAUUUGUCCAAACUGUAUCUGCAGGUGGCAUUCUCAUCAAUGACACCGGCCUACAUUUUGCGAAUCCGCAUUUGCCAUUCGGUGGUGUAGGCGAGAGUGGCAUAGGCGCUUACCAUGGAAAAUUUUCAUUUGACACAUUUAGUCACAAAAAGGCUGUGUUGUCUCGUAGCUUUGCUGGGGAAGCCUCUGCUAGAUACCCUCCAUACACACAACAGAAGCAGAAGAUUCUGAGGGGACUGAUCAAUGGUAGCUUCAUAGCUCUUCUUCUCGCUUUAAUUGGAUGGCCAAGAGAUUAGGAUUUUGGUUGCACAAUGUCUCAUACUUUGUUUGAGAUUGGAUUAGGAAUUGGGACGAUAUGUAAAGCCACCGGUGUGAUACUUUAAUAAGAAGACGAGACAUUUGAACUUUGUAUAUCCAAGUGGAUCGAAUUUUCUUUCUAGUAGGUUGUGAUUUAAGAACUGCAUGAGAUUUCUAUAAAUAAGCUACUGGAUGAAUUGAUGAC